AUUUAGCAAUUUUCUCCAUAACUGGCAUGAUCUUAGUAAAAAUGGUUAGUUCUCUUAAACAAAAAAGUGGUUCAGUUGGUAGCAGAUUUCACUGAAAUUGCUUAACAAAUCAACACGUAGCUUGGAAUGUAUGUCGGUUUCUUCGCCGCUUCCUUAAUCGGUGUGGCUUCUGAUCGUCAAUGGGAAUAAACAUUCGACCCCACAUCUUCGUUUUAUCCCAUUCUUCAAGAGAUGAAUUGUUUGAUUUUCUUACUCAAAGAAAUGAAAUUGGGUUUCCUUUCAUUCUGAAUUUGGAUUACUUUGAACAGACUUCUUGACCCUUGAAAUUUUCUUUAGGCAAGAUGGCUGAGGAGGAGUCUCACAGGGUUGUAUUGAAUUUAUACGACCUUAGCUGCGGAUUGGCUCGACAGUUCUCCACAGCAUUGUUGGGGAAAGCCAUUGAAGGCAUAUGGCACACUGGGAUUGUAGUGUAUGACAAUGAAUACUAUUACGGUGGUGGAAUCUAUCACAGUCUUUCUGGAAAUACACCUUUUGGAACACCAAUCCACGUCAUUGAUUUGGGCAUUACUCAUGUCCCGAAAGAUGUGUUUGAAACUUAUUUGACUGAAAUCAGCCCGCGUUAUACAGCUGAGUCUUACAGCUUGUUGGGUCAUAAUUGCAACAACUUCAGUAAUGAGGUUGCUCAGUUUUUGGUUGGCUCGACCAUCCCAGAAUAUAUUCUUCAGCUUCCCAACGAAGUUAGAAGCAGUCCCAUGGGCAGACUCAUGCUUCCGAUGAUUCAGAACCUCGAAACAACAUUAAAAUCUGGUUCAGUUCCGAAAGUUCCACACAUUAGUCAUCAUCAACCCACAACGACAUCAGCUCCGAUAUCAGCCUUGGAUUCUAAUGUUGAAGAAUCGCCAGACUGUGAUGUCGAACUGUCUGGUGGUGAUAGUAGCAAUGCAACUAAAAGGCAGACUGCCAAGCAAAACGCAACCAAGGAUUUGACACAUCUGUCAAUAGAGCCUGCUGCAGGGGUAGGGCAGCAGAAGUUCCCUGGGAAGACAGUUGAUGAAAGUUUGGUCAACGAUGCUCAUGUCAUGUUAGAAGACAGGAUCAAAGGUGAAUUUACAUCGAUCAUGGCGACUGGGAAAUAUCGUGCAAGUGAAGCUGCUGCACUUGCAGUCAAGAGAGUGAUGAGCAAAUAUAAUAGACAUACAAGUACUGCUGCUUCACAGCACUAGAAGGUAACAUCCUUCUUCCUCCUAUGUGGUUUUCUAGGAUAGUUCAAGGAUAUGAGUAAUUAAGAGCUUUGCUUCAUGUACAGUUGGGGAAUACUAUUAAGAUAACUGUUCAUCUGCUGAGAUUAAACAUAUUAAGUUCAUAUAAUACCAACUUUGUUUCUAGUUUUAAAAAUGGAAAACAAAAGUUUUACAUGA